AUGUAUCCGCAGGGAAUGAAGCGACUUGCGGAAAAGAUCGCACGAGUGCUCAACUUUGACUCGACCGUGCGAGCGCUUCUCCGAGCCUAUUCUGAUGAAGACGGAUCCUCUUGUGCCGCUUCAUUUUCUGCAGCCUCCUGUGCCCGCAGCUCUUCGCGUCUUCGGAGCAAUGUCAUGCGAAACCACAACCAGGCGUUGGACCAUCGAUGCAGUGAGAACAUUGAUACGGUGUCUGCGAAGUAUGUCGAUGAAACGCGACCUCGAAAUCCUGCCACUGAGUCUCAUCAGCUGUAA